UCGUUUUGGCGCAUUCAUUGUUUACGGUCGGUUUGGGUCUACUCUUAGCGCUCUAAGCUCUAAUUACAGUGCUGUUUUGCCAGUAAUAUACCUGUGUUUAUGUUUGCAAAAGCUGAGCAAGCACAUGCUUAUCGUGAAAGAUAUUUCUGAAUGUUUACUUGUGAGAAAAUAACGCGAAAAUGAACGCGAGUACUGCCUCGGGAUCGGAAAAGGGAAUAUGUGCUAAUUUCUGAGACAGAGAACUGCAACAGCAUUGUAAUUAGAGAAAUACUUCAUCACGUAGCGUAUCGCGCGUAUCGAAUCGACAUCAUCCAAACAGCGUGAUAAAUUGCGCGCGACAAACGUAGUGCCAUAACGAACUAUACCGGCCAUGACGGUCAAAAUCGAAAGCGGUGGUCCAUCAGCGAUUCGACCGCCGUCCCAUUUCUCGGCAAACUCCCAGCGCAGCACCAUGAUGUCCUCUUGCGCCUCGCUGGAUGCGGUCAGCGAGAGCAAGCGACGCUCGAUUCUCAUUCUCUCGCUGAUAGCGACGUGCGUGUUUCUGUUCGUACUGUGCUUGUGUUUGUUGAGUGCCCUGGUGCUGGUCGGCAAAAACCUGUCGGUACAAUCGUCGCCACCGCUGUUUUCUCCGUAUAUCAGUCAAAUGUCAUCAGCUGCUGCAGCAACAGCGGCAGCGAAUUCUAAAAAGACCGGCAAGAGCAUCGAUCACUUUAAUCGGCCAUCGUUGUUUGAGGAAGAUAAGGGAACACCUGAUAGGGCCGAGGAGGAGAACGCGUCUGGUAACAAUAAAACCACAAUCUUUUUGCCGAAUUCAGUGUACUCGGGUGCUUCGGACGGGAUGAAUGUGCUAAAGAUGGGUUCGAAAGUGAUUGAAAAGUUAUCGUUCCGGUUACCACGGCACAUUACGCCACGCCACUAUGAGUUGCUUCUGCAUCCCGAUCUGGACCAGCAAACUUUCGCUGGGCGGGUGGGAAUCGAUAUCAUAAUAAGUGAACCGACGGAUUAUAUAGUGUUGCACAGCAAGCAGUUGCUAAUCACUGAUACGCUGCUGAAGCGUUUGCUUCCGGACCGGUCUGAGCGGGUGGUGGCAGUGAAGCAGACAUACGCGUAUGAACCUCACCAGUAUUGGGUCAUUGAGACUGAGGAUAUUGAGUCGGGCGAGUAUCGGUUGAGCAUGAAUUUUAGCGGUAGUUUGGCGAAUCGAAUCGUUGGGUUCUACAGCAGUUCGUACAAGGACAAGGGCAGCAAUACUACCAGAAAAAUUGCAACGUCCAAAUUCGAGCCGACGUUCGCCAGACAGGCGUUCCCGUGCUUCGACGAACCCCAGCUCAAAGCUACGUACACCAUCAGUCUGGUCCACCCGAACACGGACAACUAUCAUGCCCUGUCCAACAUGGACGUGUAUGAAACCAUCGUGGACAGUCCGUCCGCCGGUUUCAACACAACCGUUUUCAAUCCGAGCGUCCCGAUGAGUACCUACCUGGUGGUGUUCAUCGUUAGUGACUUCCACCAUCAGAUGACACCCAUCCGGCCGAACAUCGGGAAAGAGUUCGAACUACGGGUGUACGCCACUCCGUUCCAGAUGGCGAACGUGGAAUUUGCGCGUAACACGGCCGCCUCGAUCAUCCAACACUACAUCGACUACUUCCAGAUUGAGUAUCCACUGCCGAAGCUGGACAUGGCAGCCAUUCCGGAUUUUGUCUCCGGUGCGAUGGAAACGUGGGGACUGGUCACUUACAGAGAGACUAGCAUCCUUUAUAACAAGGAAACAAGUUCCACGGCAAAUAAGCAACGGGUGGCGGAGGUGAUUGCGCACGAGUUGGCCCACAUGUGGUUCGGCAAUCUGGUCACUAUGAAGUGGUGGAACGAGCUGUGGCUGAACGAAGGAUUUGCUAGUUACAUCGAGUAUAAGGGUGUGGACCACGCUUAUCCCGCUUGGGGUAUAAUGGAGCAGUUCACGAUCGACAAUCUACACGGUGUGCUCAGUCUGGAUGCUACCAUUGGAUCGCAUCCGAUUGUGGUGAAGGUGGAAAGUCCCAACCAGAUUACGGAGAUCUUUGACACAAUCACCUACUCGAAGGGUGCCUCGGUGAUCCGCAUGUUGGAGGACUUUGUUGGGGUGGAUGUUUUCAAACAGGGCGUGACGGCGUAUUUGAACGAACUUAAGUACAGUAAUGGGGUUUCGGAUGAUCUGAUGAAGGAGCUGGAUAAAUUGUUCAACGAACCUGAUGUGACCGUAGCUCGUGUGAUGGAUACCUUCACAAAGCAGAAGGGUUUCCCGGUCAUCACGGUGGAGCGCUUCGGUAACCAGUAUCGGUGCUCUCAGUCAAGAUUCCUGGCUGAUCCGGAUGCGAAGGAGACAGAGAUUUCGGAAUUCAACUACAAAUGGUUUGUUCCAUUAACUUAUAUCGCUUCUGGAGAACCGUCCAAAGUUUUGCGCAAGUGGUUCCCGAAUAACGUGACGAAUGUUAACAUCGACGUAGAGGCCGGCACCACCUGGAUCAAGCUUAACUCUAAGCAGGUCGGUUAUUAUCGGGUGAAUUAUCCGGAGGAUAUGUGGCGAAUGUUCAGUGAAGCCCUGGUGAAUGAUGUGAACACAUUCGCAAUUGGAGAUCGGACUGGAUUGCUCAACGAUGCAUUUGCACUUGCCGACGCGUCUCAGUUGCGAUACGAUCUGGCGCUUGGAUUAACUAAGUUCCUGGUGGAGGAAACAGAAUACGUGCCCUGGGUGACAGUUGCGAGCAAGAUGAAGGGCGUAAGAAAUUUGAUUUACGAUUAUGAAUCGUAUAAUGAUAUCAUCACCUACGUUCGUAAUCUUGUUCAGAAAGCUUACGAAACCGUCGGGUGGGAGGUUGUCGGGGAGGAUCACAUGAAAAAUCGUCUACGUACGACCAUCCUUGACCUGGCCUGUUCCUUCGGACACGAACAGUGCCUUUCCGAAGCGUUGAGCAAAUUCCGGUCCUGGCUGGACUCGAACUCCACUAUCCAUCCCGACAUUCGCACUGUAGUCUACUACUAUGGAAUGCAGCGUUCCGCCAAUGUGGCGGACUGGGAGAAGGUGAAGGAACGCUUCCGCAAUGAAAUCGAUGCCAAUGAGAAGACCAAAUUGAUGAGUGCGCUGGCCGGCUUCCCCGAUGCGGGUGUGUUGCGUCGCUUCCUUGAGGAAUCCUGGGAUCCUACGCUAGUCCGGGAGCAGGAUCACUUGAGCUGUAUCCAGAAUGUGGCUUCGAAUAAACACGGUGAACAGGUGGCCUGGGAUCACGUUCGAAUGAACUGGGACCGGCUCGUAGAGCGAUAUACUCUGAGCGAGCGUAACCUUGGCCGCAUGAUUCCAUCCGUCACGGGACGGUUUUCGUCGUCGGUGAGGCUCAAUGAGCUGGAGGAUUUCUUCAAGCGGUAUCCGGAAGCGGGAGCAGGGGCUACCGCGAGAGUUCAAGCGCUGGAGAACAUCUCCAACAACAUUAAGUGGCUUGAGCGGAACCAGCAGAACGUGGCUGAUUGGUUGAAGAAUGAAGUGGCACAGCAUCGAUGAGACGUUAAAUUGCAUUUCCCUAUUAGAUGAUUAGGCUAAUAAAUUGUAAUAACUUUAGCUCAAAACAAA